CAUUAAGUGGCCUAAUUCUGUCAACUCACUUGCGAGGAAGAUGGUCGAUGUAGUCUUGUAUUCACUUGAUAAGCACUUCAUUGUUAGUGAUAGGUGGCUAGUAUCCCUAUUAAAUUUCAUUUGGGAAGCGAUUAUAUGGAAUCCGGCAUACAGAGAAAGGUUUGUAGGCAACGAUGGCAUAUACAAGUUACUGGACAUUAUUACGAUGACUCGACCAGCAGUUCAAUGCAUCGCACUAGCGGUGGUAUGCGACAUCGCUCGCGCUGGCGAUGCAGUCGGCCAGCUGGUAUCAUGGCGAGCCAAUCUUGGAGCCUCUAAUGCGAACCCCAACGUAGUGCAACGCGGUGCAACUAUCGCGAGCCUGCUGGCAUCAGUGUUUCGUGAAGGAUGUCGGUCUUUAGGAGUAAAACUUGACGGAAAUGGAGUAAUACAAGAGUUGAAUCACCCAAUCAUGUCGGAAGAUGUUCGCAACGAGCUGGAGAACACAGAUGAAUAUUAUGCUGUCAAUCAUUCACCCCUUUUGUGCUUCGGUGCAGAGGACAUGGCUGGUUCCUGCAUGUCGAAGGCCUUCGCUAUAUUGCAUAUGCUGUCUGAAGACCUGAACGACAGAGUGGAACUAGCUGAUGAAGCAUAUAAUUUGUACAAGAACAUAAAUUUGACUUUGGAAGACGAGGUGAUAUUAGUACUUUGUUCUCAUUACCUGACGCUAAAGUUAAAUGAAGUAUGGAUGGAGACAAAGGUACAAUGCGUGAAAAUGUUCGAACCGGACUGUGUUGUUGUCGACGACUUCCUUAAUGUUGGCAAGUAA